UUGUUGCUCGUUCAUUACUAAGAGCUGAAGCAAAUCUCCCUCACUCUCUCUCUAUAUGCAAUACAUGUAAUCCUCACUCCUGUUCACUUACUUACCUAAGAAAGAGAAAUGGAUCAAGCGGUGGUUGAUGCGCUGCUUCCAAUGGUGACUAAAGCGGUGAACUUUCUGGUGGAAACCCUGGUGAACGUAGUAAGACAAAAUAAGGAGCUAAUCAAAGGUGCUGAAGGAGACUUCCAUAGUUUGCUGGACGAAGCUCAAGGAUUAAAUGCCUCACUAGCUGCAGAUUAUGCAGAUCUGAAUAAGAACAGCAAUCCUACUAAGUGGAAUGAGUUGUCCCUUAAAAUUCUACGUACUGCAUAUAAAGCUGAGGAUAGCAUUGAUAAAUUCUUGGCUCAGGCGAAGAUAGACCAGGAUAAUACAUUGAAAAAACUCUUCCCAGUUGAUAAAGUAGUCGACAGAUGGACUAAGCUACCGGAGAUCAAUAAAAUCCUCACAGAAUUGCGAGAAAUUCGCCAAGAGAGUCAACAAGCUAUUCAGGAAAGUCCACAGACUGGUCUGCAGCCUGAAAAUAGCAGCACUGCACAGCAAACACAGGGUUCUGCAUUGGAGGAUCACGAAGUGAUUGGUUUUGAUGAGUCAGCGGAAAAAGUGAGAAAGCGACUUGUUGAAGGAUCAGAAGAUCUAGAAGUUGCCUCUAUUGUGGGUAUGCCAGGUCUUGGCAAAACUACACUGGCAAGGAAAGUCUAUCAUGAUCCUGUGAUUUCAUUUGAAUUUUUCAAAAGAGUUUGGGUGUAUGUCGGCCCGUCAUAUGUAGAGAAGGAUAUCUUUCUUAAUAUUCAUAAAGGGUUGGAGUUGAGCAGUGAAGGAGUUCAAGAUAAGAAUGGGGAACAAUUAGCUAAGGAAAUACAUGAUUUUGUGAUCAAAGGAGGUAGAUAUCUCAUUGUCUUGGACGAUGUGUGGGAGGCAAAAGCUGUGGAUUUUGUCAAGACAGCUUUCCCAGACAAAAAAGGCCGCCACCGGAUUCUGAUGACCACUCGCGAAAAACAGGUGGCUACACCUGUCAGCGCAUAUCUACACGAUCUGAAAUUUUUGGAAGACCCAGAAAGUUUUGAGCUGUUGGAAAAGAGAGUCUUUGGCAAAAGAAAGAAGUUUCCGAUUCAAUUAGUAGGACACGGAGAGAAAAUUUUAGAAAGCUGUAGUGGUGUACCUCUUGCAAUAGUGGUGAUUGCAGGAGUUUUAAGUAGUUGUAGUGAAGAAAUCGAAUGGCAAUUGGUUGAGGAAAAUGUGGGACAGUACCUUGUAAAAAAGGAAGACCCUAAAAGUUGCUUGAAAUUUGUGGAAAUGAGUUACAAUCAUUUGCCUCAAGAUAAAAGGGCGUCCUUCUUGUAUAUUGGCGCCUUUCCUCGAGGCUUUGAUAUCCCUGCAUGGAAAUUGAUUCGCUUGUGGAUUGCUGAGGGUCUGAUAAAGUCUAGCUUACGUGGCAGUGAAAUCGAGGUGAUUGCAGAGUAUUACUUGAAUGACAUUGCCAAUAGGAAUUUAGUGAUAGUGAUGCAGAAGAGGUCUAAUGGUCAAGUAAAAACAUUUCGGGUACACGACAUGGUGCAUGAGUUCUGCAAUGUGGAGGCUAAAAGGGUAUGUCUUUUUCAACAACUAUAUCCCACUACUCCUAAUCUGACCACUCCUUCUAUACGUGAUCCAGUUACUUCUCGUCGAUUAUGUAUUAAAUCCUCUAUUCCACACAAUUUUAUCCCCGAACAUAGAGAUGCAGAACAUGUUAGGUCUUUCUUAUGUUUUUCGCCAAAAGGAAUCGACGUAUCAAAUGUUGAGAUCCAACUCCUCCCCAAAGCAUUUCCACUCAUCCGAGUCUGUGACAUUCAAUCCUUCAUAUUUAAAUUCGUCCCCGAAUUCUAUAUACUAUUUCACAUGAGGUAUCUUGCUGUGUCAGGUGAAUUCCAAUCCCUUUCUCCAUUAUUUGGUAAUUUCUGGAAUUUACAAACCCUUAUGCUUCAUACAAAUCAGUCCACCCUUGAGAUAAAAGAAGGCAUAUGGAAAAUGUUACAAUUAAGGCAUCUGCAUACUAAUAAACCUGUGAAACUGCCGCUGCCUUCAAACCCAAUAAGCAAAAGUUCUUGCCUACAAACUCUUUCUAAGAUUGCACCAGAAAGUUGCACGAGAAAUGUGCUUGCAAAGGUUUGUAAUCUCAAAAAAUUGGGCAUCGAAGGGAAAUUGGAAGCUCUUCUUGGAUUCGAAAGUUUUGAAGAGCUUAAGUGCCUGGAACGUCUGAAAAUGUUGAAUGAUAUUAUGAGUCCAAAAAUCCAGCUUCCUCAAUUAUUCUUCACAUAUCUACGAACUCUGAAGAAGUUAACUUUGUCAAGUACGAAGAUUGAUUGGAGUGAGGCAAAGGAGUUGGGAAAGUUGGAAUCCCUUGAGGUCCUAAAGCUGAAAGACAAUGCAUGUAUGGGGAAGUCCUGGAAACCAGAGGCAGGAAGUUUUCGCCUGCUCCAGGUCUUGUGGAUUCACUUGACAGACUUGAAAACUUGGGACACAUCAAAUUGUCGCUUCGGAAGAUUAAGGCACCUUGUUUUAAUCAGCUGUUAUAACCUUGAGGCUGUGCCACACGAGCUGGCUAAUUCACCUUACCUUACAGAAAUAAGGCUGCACAACACACAGAAUGCAGAAAACUCUGCAAAAGAAAUCAAAAGGAAGAAACUUGAGAUGCAAGCUCCAGGAAACAUUGAGUUCAAUCUCGUUAUAUUCCCUCCUCAAGCUGAUGCCAGUUGAACAAAGUGAAAUCGAAGUUAAGAAUCAAGGCAUGAUGUUCCUGGGAACCUGGGUUCAGUUCCUCGGAUAAACAUGUUGUCUUUGUAUCCAUUCAAGCAUUGUGAUCAAAGUGAGAAAUAAUCUGUGUGGUUUUAGAUGUGUUGAGUAAAUGCGCUCUACUAGGGCCUGGGCCUUGAAACAUGGUUCCGGUCAUGUAGAGCGUUUCUUUUUCUUGUUAAAUUGCCAGCUUUCAAGUUUGUUGCAGUUGUAUUACUUCAAUUCAGCAUUUGUUUUCGAGUUCCUCGUUAUAUUAUCGAGUUCACGGUCAUGUAGAGCGUUUCUUUUUCUUGUUAAAUUGCCAGCUUCAAGUUUGUUGCGGUUGUACUACUUAAAUUCAGUAUUUGUUUGUUUUAGAUAUGUUAAGUAAAUGCGCUCUACUAGGGCCUGGGCUUGAAACAGCCUUCCUGGUUCUGUUUUCUGAGUUCCCGAUCAUGUAGAGCGUUUCUUUUUCUUGUUAAACUGCCAGCUUUCACGUUUGUUGCGGCUGUAUUACUUCAAUUCAAUAUUUGUUUGUUUUCAA